CUUGCAAGUCUUCAUCUGUAUAUGCUUCUACUAUUUUAACAAUGACAUAAUGCAUAGUAUUAUGUUGCAUAAUAUGGAGAGAGGACGUUAUGUGGGAUAAUCCCAAGCUUUGUUCUUACUUUCAGAUGCAAUAUUCCGGGGGUUUGAAAGUAAGCGAAAUAUUUUUGAUUUAAAUAUUAAGUAAAUAAUUUUUGAUACAUUUCAGUGGUAUUCCAGAGAUCUUGACUAUCUCCUGACUUGUUCUUGUCAUUUUUAUUAGAGUGAACUUGGUGCAGGAUGCUGCUGUUUGGAUACAGCAAUACCUUGUGCUUUAGACUAUCUCUAUAGUGAAUUAUUUAAAAUUGAUGGCCCUUUGCAGACUAACAGCAGUGCUGUGACCUCUGGUAUUUGGAGCUAUCGGUAAUAAUAAUAAUUUGGGAGACACUCUGUGGUCCUCAAUGAAAGUGAAUGUGUAAUUAGAUAUUUGAAUUAAUUAUGUUGCGCUUGAGCUAACAGAGAUGCCAAAAGGCUAAAAUUCCCCAGGGACUCAUGACAAGUUGGUGGCAGAGCUUAGAAUAAAACACAGAUAUAUUUCCCUCUCUGCCUUUCCUUUGCCACCAGGCAAAACUCAUAAUUGCUCUUAUUUUAUUUUAUUUCUUAAGGAGGGGCCAUAUGUUCCAAAAUACAGGCUAGGCAAAAUGCCAAGCAUGGAAAGAAAAACAGCUUUGCAUCACUAGUGUUUGCUUUACAUUGUCCCCAGUGUUUUUCUGUCUGCUUCCCACAGACUGGGAGGGAUGCUCAUCAAUGGAAAAUGCACUGUGUGGUCAAAGAGCUGAACAGUCUACAUAGAGCUCUAUUUGUGAAUUCUGCACCGAAGAAGUAGAUGCAUGCUCCUUGAAGGAUGAAUCGUUGGGCAAAAAACCAGCAAUCUCUCCAACUUGUAGAAGGCUUCUCCAUAUCCGUAUUUUUAAUUCCAGCCAUUAGCUCUGUCAACAUUGCAUCUUCGGGUGGCAUUCAACAACAGAAGGGCCUUGGGAAGCUGGGGAGGAGGCAGGUGGCGGCGGCGUGCUGGAGGCUGCGGAUGGAAAGACCUUGAAAAGAGGAUUCAGUGGUGGCGGGCAGCGAUUCUGUUGAGUGCAGCAUGGAAGAGGCCAACUGGAAGGCCCUAUGCCACGUAUCUUGUCUACAGAGGAAAAAGAUGGACUGUGAUUGAAGAAGCUUUUUUCCAAAGGUUCCAGCUUUGGGUACUGCAUGUUGGAAAUCCUGUCCUUUCAUGUGAGAGCGUCUUAUGAAGAAUUCUGAUCUUGAUUUACAGAGUGAGUUACUUCCUUGCUGAAAAAGCGGACCGAUGCCUGGUAGAAUUAUAUGCAAGCACUAAGGUUAAAAGUAUUGGGGGACAGUCCAGUGCUGCCCUCUGAGAUGGCUUUGAAACCCUAAAAGUCACGUCUGUGUUUGCAUGGGCAUCCAUUGAGAGGUCUGUUUGCUGCUUGUGGUUAAUGGGGCCAAACAGCAGCAGGUGAAAGCACUCUGCGUGGUUCCUCACUGUCUCCAGAUCCCUUUGGCUGAGGGAGAAUUGACUCCAGCCCAGGUGAACCUGCCAGACAAAUAGCAGAAGGUGAAGUGCAGCGGAAGCAUCGCGUCUUGGAUCCCAGCACAGGGCUGGAGCCUGCUGACAUCCUGAGCAGCGUGAGAAGUCACUGCCUGGGAGCUGGGGGAGGCCAAGGGGGAUGAAUCCAGGAGAGAAAAAAGGCAUCCCUUUUCCUGUGCUCACCCAGAGAACGCAGGAAAAUAAAAUCAGCGUGGAGUGUGCUGAAGAAAAAUAUCCAGUGGAGGGCACUCAGUGUAUCACAAACUAGAACAUUAGCACCAACAAGCUCCAAAGCAUCAUCACUCUCUGGAAAGCCUUCUGAAUUAGACAGGAGCUGCCUCUCAGCACAGCUACAAAACACUUUAAACCUGACCAGCUAAAUGGAUAAAGCUAUCCUGCACAGUCUUUAACUGGGGGGUUACACGGCACGGGAGGCCUGCCUGCUUCGGGAGCUGGGAGCUGGAGAUGGAUUGCUGUGUCUGGGAAUGGCAAAAGGCAGCAGAAUGAGAGAUGCUAGGGAACUUUGUGUGGGGCUCUGGCAUGCACGCUGGAUGGCGGUGAUGCGAGCGGCAGCCGUGCUGUGACAUGAAGAUUUUGAUGGUUUAAGGAAAAGAGCAGUUUUAAAAAGAAGAGAGAGGCAAAGGGGAAAAAGGCAAAAAGGGGAAGAGAGAGCGAAGAAAACAGCUGGCGAGAGGAAGAGGAGGACAUUUGUUGGUGACAAAAGGAUGGGUUUCCAUUUAAUUAAGCAGCUGAGGGGCAUGAGUGUGGUGUUAGUGCUACUUCCUGUGGUGCUGCUUGUUGUGCUUGCGGGGGCUCAGCGAGCUUGCCCCAAGAACUGCAGAUGCGAUGGCAAGAUUGUGUACUGCGAAUCUCACGCGUUCAGAGACAUCCCUCAGAAUAUUUCUGGAGGGUCUCAAGGCUUAUCGUUGCGGUACAACAGCAUUCAGAAGCUUAAAUCGAAUCAGUUUGCGGGCCUCAAUCAGCUCAUAUGGCUUUAUCUUGACCAUAAUUACAUCAACUCCGUGGAUGAGGAUGCAUUUCAGGGGAUCCGCAGGCUGAAGGAAUUAAUUCUGAGCUCCAACAAAAUUACCCAUCUGCACAACAAAACGUUUCACCCAGUCCCCAACCUCCGCAACCUGGACCUCUCGUACAACAAGUUGCAGGUGCUGCAGUCUGAGCAGUUCAAAGGCCUUCGUAAGCUCUUGAUCUUGCAUUUGCGGUCUAACUCGCUGAAAUCCGUCCCGAUCCGAGUUUUCCAAGACUGCCGUAACCUCGAUUUUCUGGAUCUGGGCUACAAUCGCCUGCGGAGCUUAUCCCGAAAUGCUUUCGCUGGCCUUUUGAAGUUGACGGAGCUCCAUUUGGAGCACAACCAGUUUUCUAAGAUCAAUUUCGCCCACUUCCCACGCCUCUUCAACCUUCGCUCAAUUUACUUGCAAUGGAAUAGGAUCCGGUCUAUCAGCCAAGGGUUAACGUGGACUUGGAGUUCCUUGCACAACUUGGAUUUAUCAGGAAAUGACAUUACAGGGAUAGAGCCUGGGACGUUCCAGUGCCUCCCCAACCUACAAAAGUUGAACCUGGAUUCCAACAAACUCACCAACAUCUCUCAGGAGACCAUCAAUACAUGGAUCUCACUCAUCUCCAUCACUCUAUCCGGAAAUAUGUGGGAAUGUACUCGAAGCAUUUGCCCUCUGUUCACUUGGCUUAAGAAUUUCAAGGGAAAUAAAGAAACCACUAUGAUAUGUGCAGGCCCUAAACAAAUCCAGGGUGAAAAAGUGAGCGAUGCUGUGGAGACAUACAAUAUCUGUGCCGAAAUCCAGGUGGUGGUUACUGAAAGAUCAUAUCAGGCUCCCAAAACCCCCCAGAGACCUGUCUUUAUUCCUAAGCCUACCGUUUCCAAACUUGAAAGCAAUCAGCCAACGUCUGUGGUGCCAAGCCCCUCCACUGACCUCCCAACACCUGCAGUGGAACCCGAAUACGAGCACGUUUCCUUUCACAAAAUCAUUGCUGGGAGCGUGGCCCUCUUUCUUUCCGUGGCCAUGAUUUUGUUGGUUAUCUACGUGUCAUGGAAGCGCUAUCCAGCCAGCAUGAAGCAGCUCCAGCAGCACUCACUCAUGAAGAGGCGCAGGAAAAAGGCCAGGGAGUCUGAAAGGCAAAUGAACUCCCCUUUACAGGAGUAUUACGUGGACUACAAGCCAACAAACUCUGAGACCAUGGAUGUAUCCGUUAAUGGAUCUGGGCCCUGCACGUAUACCAUCUCUGGCUCCAGGGAAUGUGAGGUCCCUCACCACAUGAAGACUUUACCCUACUACAGCUACGACCAACCAGUGAUCAGCUACUGCCAAGCCCACAAACCCCUCCACGUCAACAAGGGCUACGACAGCAUGGCCCGGGAGCAGCCAGAACCCACCAACCUGGAACUCAGUCGGGACCACAGCUUCAUAGCCACAAUCGCACGCUCAGCGGCUCCGGCCAUCUACAUUGAGAGAAUACCAAAUUAGGGCCGGAGGCAGCGGGGAGCUCUUCCGAAGGACCUUUCAGCUCAGAAGAGAGCAGGGCCAGGAGCUAAAAUCCACCGUUCCACUUCGAGAUGUUCCAACACAGACCACGGGAAGGGGAUAAAGCAGACCCCGCAGACUGGAAAUGCUGUCUUGCAGUACACACUGAGAACUUCAGGAUUUUCUUUGCUUUAAACUUUCGAACAAAUUCCUCAAUGUAAAUAUUAAAGAGAGAUUGUUGAGUUCUUAUUAAAAAAAAAAAAAAAAUAGAUUU